AUGUCGUUUCAAGACAAACUUCAGGCUCAUGUUUCAAGAUUAGAUAAAGAGCUAAGUCAAUAUUCAUGUUUAAAUCAGUUUGAGCGGCAGUGGGGUAUUAAAAAAGUUUAUGCAGUUGGAGGAAUUAUAGGAAUAUAUUUUUUUCUUAUUUUUGUUAAUGUGGGAGGCCGUUUUUUAUCGAAUGUAUUAGGAUGUUUAAUUCCUAUGUAUUAUUCGGUAUUAGCUAUUGAAUCGUCGAAUAAAGCAAAUAAUACACAAUGUCUUUCGUAUUGGGUUAUUUAUGGAUUUUUAAUUCUAAUUGAACAUUAUGAACAAUCUUUGCUUUAUUGGUUUCCAUUUUAUUAUUUUUUCAAGUCAAUUUUUAUUCUUUAUCUUUCACUUCCUCAGUUUAAUGGUGCACAAACUAUAUAUUGGACAUUUUUUCAUCCAUUUUUUAUAAAAUAUUGUUCGAAAACAACUCUAGUACCAACGCAGGAUGUAUCUAAGGUUAAAGAUGUAUCUAAGGUUAAAGAUGUAUCUGAGGUUAAAGAUGUAUCUGAGGUUAAGGAAGAUAUAGCAGCUAUAUCUGAAUCAGAUUUGCAUUCUCAUUCUCAAUGA